GAUGAAAAUAACUUGUUUAGUAUUCGUAUAUGACCAAAAUAAUAAUAAUAACCAAAACAUAAGUAUGUGAGAGCACCACGCAGAGAAGCAUUGAGUAGCAGAGAAGAAACGACAAAGGCACUGUUGUGGCCAACAACAUUUAACCAGCGAAGUUUGUGGCCGAAGGUGCGCACAACAUUUCGAAAGCCGUAUGAUUUAGUUGUUAAAUCAGAAUACGUGGCGUCGGUUGUGAUCACGAUAUUCGUGCUGUGUGUUGUAAGAUACAUACAAAUAUUAAUAGUAGAAAUCUUACAACAUUCCAAUAAACUGGUCGUGCAUGCGUGAUGUGUAAAACAUGCAAGUCUAGAUUAGACUCAAAUUUUAAUUGAAAAUUAUUCUUAAAAUUGAACAUGUAUUUUCCAAUUUGUAUUACGAGUAUGUUAUUCACAUUUGACUAAACUGAAGUUUUGUAUUGUUGUUAGAGAAAGAGAUAAAUAUUUAAAAAGUAUAGUGCGUGAGUAAAGAAAAAGCGAGUUAAUAGAGUAAGCAGUUCGUAGAUGGCUAUGUCAAGCAAUACUACUACCGUGAAACGCCGUAAGACAUUAAUUAAAUCAAAAUCAAAAUAUGCAGACACAAGCAGAAGUGCCGUAACCACUACAGCUACUACAACCAACUUAACUGACCCAGUUGUGAACUCCAGAACGACCGAUCUAUUUGAUAAAGCGACGGAGGCAAACGCGUCAUCAAACAAAAGACUUCAACGGUUCUCGUUAAGCGACAUACUUGUUGGUAUAAUGCCAAGAACAACAAAAAAAGAAGCCAGCAGUAACAGUGUGUCGUCAAAUACAUCAAAUAACAAUCCCACCACCGCUUUGGUUUUGCGCGCAACAUCUCCCACACUCUACAAUGGUAGUAUAGCUUGUUGCCGAGACGUCAACUGCCGUCUAAAUGCGCUAACAGCGCUUAUUCAGCAAAAGCACCACCACCAAUGCACUCAGCGUGCAUCGGUUUGUUCAAAUUCAUCCUCAUCGUCUUAUAUGUCUCACACAAAGAGCAGCAGACGAAGUAGAAGUUCUACCGUCACUGGUUUGAAUCCAACCGAAAGAACAGUGACACCUGCCGAACCAGCAAAUUCAGCGGCAGCUUUACGCGACGGUUCACCAGAUUCAGGUGUUGGCAGUGAUGCUGCAAUGGCGAAAGUAUUUCAUGCCACCACAGAAACAACAAGCGACGAUUCCACUUUAUCUUCACUAGGGCGAUAUCUUACCGUACACCUGCAGCUAGAUUUGUGUACGUGGUUCUUAUUUGUGUUGGCUGUUUGCACACGUUUCUAUAAACUCUCAAUUCCCCGGCAUGUUGUAUUUGAUGAAAUACAUUAUGGCAAAUAUAUCUCCCUUUACUUGAGAAACAUUUUCUUCUUCGACCAGCAUCCCCCGCUAGGAAAACAACUGAUAGCUGCGGUUGCGUACACUGCCGGCGGUUACGAUGGCAAUUACACAUUUCCACAUAUCGGAGCAGAAUAUAAUAAAAACGUGCCAAUCUUUUGGUUACGCUUUUUACCAGCGUUGUGUGGAAGUGCUUUGGCGCCUAUUGUCUACAAGCUCCUCAUGUCUGCACGUCUUUCACGAUGGUCCGCUUUGUUAGGAGGAGUACUUAUUAUUUUGGAUAAUGCUUUACUCACACAAUCACGGUUUAUUUUAAUGGAGUCCAUGCUUUUGUUCUUUGAAGCCUGUGGUCUGUAUUACAUGUUGCGCUUUCAAGAUUGUCGUUUCGGUAGUUCUCUUUGGUUGCUAUUUGGAUUAGCGUCCGCAUCGUGUUUUUCUUUUGCCACAAGUGUAAAAUAUGCUGGGGUUUUGACCUAUAUCCUUACUGCCUACCUGUCUUGCCGAUAUUUAUGGGAUAAACUUUACGAUGCUACGCUUUCAAAUCUCCAUAUCAUUUUAGAAACCAUUGGCCGCAUAGUUUUAUUCACAAUUGUACCAAUCCUCUUAUAUGUAAGCAUUUUCUACAUUCAUUUGCAAACCUUAUAUCGUGCUGGGCCACAUGACAGUAUAAUGACAAGUGCCUUUCAAGCUUCUCUUGAUGGUGGAUUGGCUUCAAUUACCAAAGGUCAGCCACUCAAAGUGGUUCAUGGUUCACAGAUAACCCUGCGCCACACGCAUGGUCGGACAUGUUGGUUACAUUCACAUGCCCAUGUAUAUCCAGUGCGAUAUCCGGAUAAGCGUGGCUCUUCACAUCAACAACAAGUCACUUGCUAUUCCUUUAAAGACGUAAAUAACUGGUGGAUUAUUAAGCGUCCAAAUCGCGAAGAUUUGGUCGUGGGAAAUGAGUUGGAUGUUAUACGUCAUGGAGAUAUUAUUCAAUUGGUACAUGGGAUCACCAGUCGUGGGCUCAAUUCUCAUGAUGUGGCCGCACCCAUGACUCCACAAUGUCAAGAAGUCUCAUGUUAUAUCGACUAUGAAAUUAAAAUGCCAGGCGAAUUACUGUGGAGGGUGGAGAUUUUGAAUCGUGACACAGAAGGACCUGUAUGGCAUGCUAUUAAAUCGGAAGUGCGACUUAUCCAUCAUACCACGGGUGCAGCGUUACGGUACAGCGGGCGUCAACUUCCAGAAUGGGGUUUCAAUCAACAUGAGGUGGUGGCAGAUCGGACCGUGGAACACAAAGACGCAAUAUGGAAUGUUGAAGAACAUCGUUAUACAAAAACACAAGACCAACGAGAAAGAGAACGACAACUUCUUAAAGCUGAGAUGAUUCCAACGAAAAAGACCAAACUAAGUUUUUUAGCGAAAUUCUUUGAGUUGCAAACGAAAAUGCUUUGGAAUACAAAACAGUUAGAUGCUCACAUGUAUAGCUCUUCGCCCCUUGAAUGGCCACUGUUGGAUAAAGGCAUUGCUUAUUGGGUUGACACAAAAACCAGCAGUCAGAUACAUUUGCUUGGUAAUAUUAUUAUCUGGUAUACCGGAACUGCAGCACUGAUUUUCUAUAUCAUACUGAAUGUAUUCUAUGUACUACGCCGACGUCGUCUUUGUUUUGAUCUGCCGGAAAGGGAAUGGCACCGGUUUCGCCAAAUAGGAGACAUAUUCCUAGUUGCGUACUUUAUACAUUACCUACCAUAUUUUACCUUGGACCGGGCGCUGUUUCUGCAUAACUAUCUUCCUGCCUUCCUGUUCAAACUCUUGCUAUUAUGUUAUGUACUUGAGCACAUCGACUAUUUGCUACGAUUGCACUGUUAUGGUAACUGCAAAUUUGCCGUAAAUGGUACCUUACAACCACAACGGAUUUGGCUAGUUCGAAGCUAUCGACUUGGCAUUUUAUUAUGGCUAACAUCUGUUAUAUGGGUUUUCAUUAAAUUUUUGCCAUUAACAUAUGGCAUACAUAAACUGAGCGUGCAUGAGGUGAUCAGUUUACGAUGGAAAGACACAUGGGACUUUAUAAUACAAGUCAACAAGUCAAUAAAUAACCCAAUAAAUAAAUAACUCGAACUAUUAUACCGUGUCUUCUAAUUCGGAUGGUUGUUAUAAGUUAGUAUGCAUACUUUUACCCAUAUAUUUAUUUAUGCAUAUUGACUUUUAUUGUCCCGCAUAUUAGGUAGCCAAAAUACGUUUAAGUUAUUUAUCGCAAAUAUGAUAUUAAAAAUCUAAUUUAAUCACUAUAUUAUCGUAAUAAUAAAACAAUAAAUAUUUCGACAAAAAAGUA